AUGAAGGAGGCGCAAACAAAGAUUGUAUGCACGAUUGGGCCAGAAACAUCUUCAAAAGACAAGAUAGCACAGCUGAUCAGGGCAGGGAUGAGCAUUGCAAGAAUAAACUUCAGCCAUGGAGAGAGAAAUGAGCACAGGAAAGUGAUUAAGGGCAUUCAGGAAGUCAGGAAAUCGGAGGGUAGGUAUGUUGCAAUAGCAUUGGACACACGAGGGCCUGAGGUAAGAAUCAGUACUGAGGACGAUGUUUAUGUAAGCACAGGUGAUGUAAUGAAGUUUUAUACAAAGCAAUCAGGGGGAGGAAUAUGCAUAUCUGAGAUAGACCUGAGUGUGCUGAAGAUUGGAAGAAAGGUGUUUAUAGAUGACGGGCAUCUUGAGCUGAAAACAACAGAGGUGUUUGAUGGGGGAUUUGAAUGUAUAUCGCAGAAUGGGCAUCUGGUGAAAAGCAACAAGUCGAUGAACUUUCCAGGGAUGGAUAUAGGAACGAGAUAUCUUAGGGAAGAUGACAAGGAAGAUAUGGAGUUUGCUGUUGAGUGUGGAGUAGACAUGAUAUUUGCAUCGUUUGUUGGCUCUCGGCAUGAUGUCGAGGACAUCAAAAGGAUAGUUGGGAAUGUUCCGGUUAUAUCGAAGAUUGAGUCGUCUAUGGGAAUGGAGAACCUGAAUGAGAUUGCGUGUGUCUCUGAUGGAAUAAUGGUUGCCAGGGGGGAUCUUGGAGUUGAGGUUGGAAUGGGAAGCAUGUUUAGCUCGCAGAAGAGGAUAGUUGCAGCAGCAAAGAAGGCCGGGAAGCCUGUGAUAUGCGCAACACAAAUGAUGGAAAGCAUGAUCAGCAAAGAGAUGCCGACAAGAGCGGAGACUUCGGAUAUUGGGAAUGCAGUGAUGGACGAAUGCGACUGCGUGAUGCUGAGCGGAGAAACUGCUGUUGGGAGGUUUCCUAUCAAGGCGGUUGAGGCGAUGAGGAUGAUUUGUAUAGAUGCAGAGGAGUACAGCAGAAGAUGCAGGGAGGGUGUUGGAAUGUGUGAGCUAUUUCCAUACAUAUCGGCGAUUGUUUUAUGGCUUUGCCGUGUGGACCAGGUGGAGCGAUUUUAUGCAUCUUGGCCUUGUGUUCCUAUAGUAAUGGUGUCGAGAUCGUUGUGUGAAGUCAGAAGGUUUUGUGUAUAUCGAGGAAUUAUCUGUGUGAUGUAUGAUGAACUGAUGGAUGUAAGAAGCAUUGCUGAAAGGUUGUGCAUUGAAGGAAGAUUGAUGGUGGUUGAAGAAAAGAGUGUUAGAGUGGAAGAUAUUUGA